CUCGAAUCGUCAAAUUUAUAAGCAAGUUUUUUACCCCCCCUCACCCAUCAAUCACCCACCCCCCAACUUUAAGCCCCAAAACCAAAAAUAAAACAUACGCACAAACUCGCAACUAAAGCUCAUCAUGUCCUUUACAGCUGCGCCCGGUGGAGAUCAGUACGUAGAGCUCAAUUCGCCGCUGAAGAAGCGUCGAGUGCAGCAGCAGCAGCAGCAACAACAACAACAACAACAACAGCCUCCAACAGUAGCAGCUGCAGUUGCAGUUGCAGUCGCAGCCGUUGUCGGGGAGGUCGUCUCGCCAGCAGGCGGAGCAACUGCAUCAGCCGAAGCCUCGCAGCAGAAUACGCCGCGUCUGACCUCUGGCGGCGAUUGUGUGGCCCAGCGCACGCGCUCCAAGACACUCACGCCCGAAGAGCUGCCUAGCACCAGCAGCGCUGCCGCAGCGCGCCACAACAGCAACAGCAGCAGCAGCAACAACUGCAGAAGCAGCAACAACCAGCAGUAUAGUGAGAGCAGCUGCCAGCACGUGAUUGGGGCGACGCCACAGCGUGGAGCAGCAGCUGCCCGCGCAGCAGCACGCAGCACAAGCAGCGGCGGCGGCAACAGCAGCAGCGGGGGCAACCUGCUCAACUAUUACCGCAAGACGCGCAAGGUGAGCCAUACGCGCGCCAAGCCAGCGGCAAAAACUGGAGCACAUCAGCAACUACAGCAGGAGGAUUUGAUUGGCAAAUUCGCGGAGACAAGCAACGCGCGACUGCAGGCCAGCAGCUCGGCGGUUAUAGCAGCCGCUGCCGCCAUUGACGCAGCUCGUCACGAGUCCAGCAGCAACAACAACGUCGCUGUGAAGCGUCUGGAUAAGAAGAGCAACAGCAGCAACAAGUACACAAAGUACCGCAAAAGCUUACGCAACUAUCAGCAACAGCUGCUCGCCAGAAUUGACGCCACAGCGGACAAAAUUGCCGGCGAGGACGACGCGCACGAGGAGCACAACGAGCAUCCGUACGGCAGCUUGGUGGAGCAGCAACAACAAGCAGCCGAAGCCGCAGAAGACGAGCGGGAGGCGAACAACGUAGACGCUGCAAACGCGCACUUUGAGGAAGCCAGCGGCAACAACUCUGCCGACGAGGACGACGAGCAGGAGCAGGAACAGGAGCCGGACGAAGACGAAGAUCAAGACCAGGAAGAGGAAGUGGAAGCCGAAGAGGAGGAGGUGGGUUUCUACGAGAUAGUCAACUCGGCGGAUUCAUCGUACGAGGAAGACGCCCAAAUUGUUGCCGAAGAGGACGAACUCAGCGAAGAGGAGGACGUCGACGACGAGGAGGACGACGAUCUUGAAGAGGAUUUCGACGAGGAAGAAGACGAGCUCUCAGAGGGUGAAUUCGCUGAGCAUAUUAUUGGUGAACUUGGUGCUUCGGAUGCUUUAACAUAUAGUUUGAUGGCACAACAGCAACAACAACAUCAAGCGCCAAAUGGACCGCCGCAUGCAGGUGGACAGCAAGUGACGUCAGGUACUAAUUCGGCCAAUCUCAGCAUUGUCGCAGCCGCAUUGAGCGCCGCACGCGACUCCGCAGUCAACGUCAACGUUAGCAGCGCAGUGGGCGCCAACAGCAGCAGCAGCGCUGGCGGCGGCGGCAGCGGCAACAUUGCCACAGCCGAGGUGGGACGUCUGCAGGCGCUGCUGGAGGCACGCGGCCUGCCGCCGCAUCUAUUUGGGGCGUUGGGGCCACGCAUGACCCACAUCCUGCAUCGGACCAUUGGCAACAGCAGCACUUCAAAGGCGAAUCAGCUGCUGCAAGGUCUGCAGUCGCACGAUGAAUCCCAGCAGCUGCAGGCAGCCAUCGAGAUGUGUCAAAUGCUGGUCAUGGGCAAUGAGGAUACGCUCGCCGGCUUUCCCGUCAAGCAGGUUGUACCGGCUCUCAUCCAGCUGCUGCGCAUGGAGCAUAAUUUCGAUAUCAUGAACAAUGCCUGCCGCGCUCUGGCCUACAUGCUGGAGGCACUGCCUCGGUCCGCCGGCACAGUCGUGGAGGCGGUGCCCGUCUUUCUGGAGAAACUACAGGUCAUUCAGUGCAUGGACGUGGCCGAACAGAGUCUAACCGCACUCGAGAUACUCUCGCGCCGUCACAACAAGGCCAUUCUGCAGGCGAACGGGAUCAGCGCCUGCCUGACGUAUUUGGACUUCUUCUCGAUUGUGGCGCAGCGUGCCGCCUUGUCCAUUACGGCCAAUUGCUGCCAGAACAUGCACGCCGAGGAGUUUCAUUUCGUGUCCGAGAGUCUGCCCCAGCUGGCCCGACUGUUGUCGCAGCAGGACAAAAAGUGUGUGGACAGCGUUUGCACUGCCUUCUGGCGUCUGGUCGAGAGUUUCCCACACGAUGGCAAACGACUGCAGCAGAUCGCCAGCCCCGAUCUGCUCAAGAACUGCCAGCAGCUGCUGGUGGUGACGCCGGCCAUACUCAAUACGGGCACCUUCACCAAUGUGGUGCGCAUGCUGAGCCUUAUGUGCGCCGCCUGCCCGGAUCUGGCCAUAUCGCUGCUGCGCAACGAUAUAGCCUCCACGCUGCUCUAUCUGCUCACCGGAAAUGCAGAGCCGGCGGAGGCCAGUGCCAAUCAUGUGGAUCUGGUGACACGUCCGCCGCUUGAACUGCUCGAGCUGACCUGUUUGAUUGGCGAGCUAAUGCCACGCCUGCCACUGGAUGGCAUCUUUGCGGUGGACGCUUUACUAGAUCGGCCCACACUCAAUACCCAGGACCAGGUGCAGUGGCAAUGGCGGGACGAUCGCGGAGCCUGGCACAAUUAUUCGACAAUCGAUUCGCGUCUAAUUGAGGCAGCGCACCAGAGCAGCGAAGAUGAGAUUAGCCUGAGCACAUUGGGACGCACCUAUACGGUCGACUUUCAUGCCAUGCAACAGAUCAACGAGGACACGGGCACCACUAGACCCGUCCAGCGCAAACUCAAUCCCAAUUAUGUGGCACCAGGCACCGCAACAGCAGCCGUUUCCGGUGGGCAGGAUUUGAGCACAACUGGAGCAGCAGCGGGGCGACGUCCCUCGUUGGACGCCAGGAUCGCAUGCCUGAAGGAGGAGCGCGGUCUGGCCGCCGAUUUUAUCAAGCACAUCUUUAACGUGCUGUACGAGGUGUACAGCUCGUCGGCGGGUCCCAAUGUGCGCUAUAAAUGCCUGCGCGCACUGCUGCGCAUGGUCUACUAUGCGACGCCGGAGCUGCUACGCCAGGUCCUCAAGUAUCAGCUGGUAUCCAGCCAUAUUGCCGGCAUGCUGGGCAGCAAUGAUUUGCGCAUCGUGGUCGGCGCUCUGCAAAUGGCUGAGAUUCUGAUGCGCCAGCUGCCCGAUGUGUUUGGUACGCAUUUCCGGCGCGAGGGCGUCAUCUAUCAGUUCACACAGUUAACCGAUCCCAGCAAUCCCAUAUGCGCCAAUCCCUCGCCCAAGCCGCUGAGCACCAGCGCCACGCCGACGGCAAAUGCUGGCGGAUCACAAAGCGCGCCCGCCUCGGCGAACAGCCUGCAGGUGAAUCCCUUCUUUAUGGACAAUGUGAGCGCCGGUUCGGCCGGCCCAACUGGUGGUGGUGGCGGCGGCGGCGGCUCCAGCAGCGCCAAUGCCACGCCCAGCAGCUCCAAGCAUCAAUCGUACAGCGUGAAGAGUUUCUCGCAUGCCAUGAACGCGCUCACUGCCAGCGCCAAUGCGCAACAGCAGGCGGCUGCUUUGGACGCAACUGGAGUCGCUGCUGGCUACAACUACAGCAGCUCGGCGCCUUGCUCCUCUGGAGCCACCGGCUCAGUGGCGCCAGCGCCCGCUGCCUACUUUGUGGCCGCGACAGCAACUGCUGAUCCACGCCAGUAUCUGAAUUUCCAGCAACCAGCUGCGCCGCUCGACCUGCUACCCAACACUGCAGCACAGCAGCAUCAGUUGCCUCCCACACAGAUCCAGCAGCAGCAGCAGAUGACUGUGGCCGUUGCUUCCACCAGCGCCGCAGCUGCCAACAACAACAGCAACAAUUGCUCCUCUUCGGCGCUGCAGCAUAAAAUGACGGACAUGCUGAAGCGCAAGGCGCCACCGAAGCGCAAAUCCCAGAGCAGCGGACGCGCCAAAUCCAGGCAGGAGGAUGCCGCCGCAGCAGCUGCGGCCGCCAGCUCGGCCAGUUCCGCCAUGCACGAGCUGCUCAGCCGUGCCACGAGCAUGAAUGCUGCCGCCGUGGCGGCCAGCAUUAGCAAGAGCAUCUCUCAUGCCAAUCUGAUGGCGGCCGCCAAUCGGGAGCGCGCCCGCCAAUGGGUGCGCGAGCAGGCCAUCGAUUUUGUCAAACGCUACACGGAGCAGGAGGCGCGCCGCAGCAAGGCACGCGAAAGCGACGCCGGCAACAGUGCCGCGGGCGGAGCAGCGCUUGGUGGAGCCGGUGGCUCCAACUGCGCAGCAUCGGCUGCCUCGGCAAGCACAUCGCUGGCCAGCACCAGCGUCCUGGAACGUCUGUCAAGCAUUCUGCUCAAGCUCAAUGGCAGCUAUCACGACUGCCUGGAUGCGCUGCUCGAGCUGAAGACCAUACUGCUGGAGAGCGACAUCUCGCCGUUCGAGGUGAAUCACUCUGGUCUGAUCAAGGCCAUGCUCAACUACAUGACCAGCGAAUCGGGUCUGGUGGAGCGCGAUGCGCGUCUGCGCAGUUUUAUGCACGUCUUUGCCGGGCUGCCGCUGGAGCCGUUGCUUCAGAAUGUGGGCCAGCUGCCGGCCAUCGAGCCGCUCGCCUUUGGCGCCUUUGUGGCCAAGCUGAAUGGCUGUGUCACUCAGCUGGAACAGUUUCCGGUCAAGGUGCACGACUUCCAGGCCGGACCCGGCGGGCGCACCAAUCAGAGCGCGCUGCGCUUCUUCAAUACGCAUCAGCUGAAGUGCAAUCUGCAGCGUCAUCCUCAGUGCAGCAAUCUGCGUCAAUGGAAGGGCGGCACCGUCAAAAUCGAUCCCCUGGCCAUGGUACAGGCCAUCGAACGGUAUCUGGUGGUGCGCGGAUAUGGCGGCAUACGCGCCGACUCAGACGAUGACAGCGAGGAGGAUAUGGACGAUAAUGUCGCCGCCGUCGUGAUGACUCAGUCGGGUUUCAAGCACAAGCUACAGUUUCUCAUUGGCGAGCAUGUGCUGCCCUACAACAUGACCGUCUACCAGGCGGUCAAACAGUUUUCGCCGCUGGUCAACGAGCAGCACGAGACGGACAACGAGUCCGAGAUGCUGCAACAGCAGCAUUUGGGUGCAGCAGCACACCAUCUACUAUCGUCCCGUCGAGGAGGAGCUGCUCGCCGCCGGCGGCUCUGGUGCCAACAGCUCCUGUAG